AUGGAUCACAACGCUGCGCCCUCCCCAACGGGGUCGACGGACAAGGAGAUGGACUCUAGCCACCACGUAGAUGCCGUGAGAACGAUUUCAAGAGUGCCCGGAAAUGACCACUACUAUGAGAAAGAUGGGCUGAGAACCUAUGGCGAUGGUGAAGACCAUGACCAUGAACCUCCAAUGACCUUCAAACGUAUGAUGUCCUUGAUAGCCAUGGCAUUUCUGUGGACUGGAUCCCAGAUUCCUGUUUAUCUUUUUGGCGGUGUACCACCAUAUAUCUACGGCGACUUAGGAGGAGUCGAUCGAUGGGUGUGGUUCGUGCUAGCGAAUCUGCUCGCCCUCGCUGCCAUUUGCCCUUUCGUUGGAGCAUUGUCUGAUCUGAUUGGUCGACGAUGGGUUGCGAUAUCUGGUGGCAUGUUUAUUGUCGUCGGAAUGAUUGUUUGUGCUACGGCGCAUUCCAUGAACAUCUUCAUCGCUGGCAUGGCAUUAGCCGGAGUCGGUGCAGGGAUCAACGAACUUACAGCUUUAGCUGCUACCUCCGAACUUGCUCCAACAAGAAAACGCGGGAAAUACGUUGCGGUAUUGAUCUUCACCAUCAUUCCAUUCUGCCCUUCCGUUCUUUGGGCGCAGUUGAUUGCAUAUCACGGCUCAUGGCGGUACAUCGGAAUUCUUUGUGGUGUGUGGGCAUUCAUUGGCGUCUCGAUGACGUUUAUCUUCUACCAUCCCCCACCACGGGUAAACUCCUCUGGUCUAAGCCGCAAAGAAAUUAUCAAUCAAAUCGACUUUGUCGGCGGCUUCCUGUCCAUCUCAGGCAUGAUACUUUUCAUUGCUGGACUUCUCUGGGGAGGAUAUCAAUAUAAGUGGACGUCCGUUCAUACACUCGUCCCUCUCCUCCUUGGAGCUGCUCUCCUCGUCGGCUUCUGCUUUUGGGAAAUUUACGGAGCCAAGUAUCCCAUGUUCCCGUCACGUUUGAGAAAAGAGCCUCGCGUACUUGCCUUGACUCUUGUCAUCACUUUCAUCUCUGGCGCAAACUUCUUCUCGGUCCUUCUCUUUUGGCCGACACAAGCCUUUAACGUCUAUGGACAUGACCCAGUUGGUGUUGGAGUCAGAGGUAUGCCCAUCGGGUUCUCCAUCCUUGCUGGUGCUUGUAUCGUGUUGUGGUUGUUGUCCGUGCUUCGCGGCCACAACCGAGCUUUGAUGGUCGGAUCCAGUGUCAUGAUGACCGCUGGAUGUGGAGCUUUGGCCGCUGCCCGACUCGACAACUUGAACGCUGUCUAUGGUAUCCUCGUUGUAGCUGGUCUUGGAAUUGGUGGGAUUGUGGUUCCAGCCUCCAUCAUUACGACCAUCAUUUGUCCCGACGAUCUCAUUGCAACCAUAGCAGCUCUUACCUUGGCGAUCAGAGUCAUCGGUGGUGCCAUCGGAUACACGACUUACUAUAAUGUGUUCUACAACAAGUUUGUUCCUGCUCUGAAAUUCAACAUUGCUACAGCGUGCGUUCAAAAUGAUAUCUUCUCAGGUGAAACUAUCAAGGCUGCUGCUGAACUCACCGGCGCCUCCCUGAUUGACAAGAUUUUGCACUUGCCUGGUGUAGACGGCAAUAUCACGAUUUGGAACGACAUCGUGUUGGCGGGCCGGGUAUCGUAUGCUCAUGCCUAUCCUUACGUUUACUAUACCAGUAUUGCGUUUGGUGUUGUAUCGAUCGUUGCUGCUCUGUUCUUGGGAGAUAUCAGUCCGUACAUGGAUGAUCAUGUGGCCGUCGUCAUGCAUUGA